GCCGGGGUGUGGCGGCCGCGUCCCUUCGGUUCCGUCAGGCGCGGCUGUCGCGGCCUCUGGAAGAGUCAUAAAAUCCCUGGAAGGAGCUUUAAAGCUCACCGAGUUUUCCCCUGGCAUGGGCAGGGACACCUUCCACUAUCCCAGGUUGCUCCAAGCCCUGUCCAACCUGGCCUUGAGCACUUCCAGGAAUGAGGCAGCCUCAGCUUCUCUGGGCUUCCUGUGCCUCGUCACUUUCGCAGGGGAGAAUUUCUCUCUAGCAUCCACUCUAAACCUGUCCUCUGUCAGUUUAAAGGCAUUCCUCCUUGUUCUUUCAUUACCUGCCCCUGUAAUGAGUCACUCUUCCAAAAACCCUUUAGAUGAGUUCUCCCCAGAAUCUCCAGGCUGUACUGGAGAUUGUACUGAGCUGUACCCAGCUCAGCCUGUCCCCACACCAGAGUUGCUCCAGCCCUCUGAGCAUCUUUGUGGUCUUUUCUGGACCCACUCCAACAUCUCCACAUCUUGUGCCGACAUUCCAGAGCUGGACACGCUACUCCAGAUGGGAUAAAAACCUCCUGGCUCCUGAAAGGAGACAACAGCAGCCCAGCAUUGCACGGAACUCUUGCCUAACCAGUACCACCUCUUGCAGCGUGACACCAUUUUUAACAAAAUUCGGGCUGUUCCCACUCUCCCCACAAAGUUCCGAUGCUCCCCUGCCACACACAGCUUCCCACACCUCCACUCAGCUGGAAGAAGGUCGGCAAGGUCACAGCAGCAUCCACAGGCAGCUUCUGCAAGCCACUGACAUCACGGAGGUGUCACCUGGCACCGAGUGUGAGACAGAGAUGCUCCAGCCACUGUUCUGCACUUGCCGCUGUAAAAGCCAGGCUCGAUUUCCAGCUGGGAACUCCGCCAAAGGCUCAGGUGAGCCACGGACACGAAGUGCUUCCCGACAGCCUUGCAGCCGGACACCUCCUCGGCAUGGCUGGAAGGGCAGUGCAGCUUCCAUAGGGCUGCUUGCGGUCCACAAAGCGCUAAGAUCUCAAGCCAUGUCUCCUUCAGGUAGACCAUGGCCCCUGAGCCUCGUGUUCCUUUUGGGGAUGGCAUCAGAGGGGAUCAGCUGCCCGAGCAGGUGUAGCUGUCAGUACCUGGAGGUGAACUGCACCGGACAGCAGUUGCAGGAGUUCCCUGUGGAUAUCCCUCUAGACAGCAGGCAGCUGAUUCUGGCAGCAAACAACGUCUCGUACCUGCCAGCAGUGGAAUUGAGCUUCCUGGCUGAUUUGGUCUAUCUGGACUGCAGAAAAAACCUCCUGGGGGAUGACCUGGAUUUCACUUUCAUUGGCGUGGCCAAGCUUGUCUAUCUAGACCUCAGCUUCAACAACCUCACACAGAUCACCUUCAGCACCUUCUCCCACCUCCUCAGCCUGGUGGUGCUGAAGAUCUCGGACAAUCCCAACCUUGUGGCCAUCGAGAAGGAUGCUUUUGCCAACAACACCUGGCUAAGGCACCUGGAUGUGAGCCGGACGGGCUUAACCUUCCUGGACACCAGCACCAUCCGGGACUUGCCCAGCCUGAGGCUUCUGGGGCUUAGUAACAACCUGUGGCACUGCAACUGUUCCUUUUUGGACUUUAUCACCUGGAUGAUGGAGAGCAAUGUGCAUUUUCCAGGCUGUUAUGGAAGAGUGGAAUAAAGUACAGCUCUCAGCAGAGAGAUUGGAGAUAACCCGCUGAACCCUGCAACAGGAGAAUAAAGCUCAUUACAGGCUGCUGGGGAGGGGAGGAGUAGGAAAGGCAGCCUUAAACUGAGGCCAGAGGGAUACUGGAACAAAGCCCUGGAAUUUGCUGCAAGCAGACCCCAGCCUGGCCUUUCGAAAGGCUCCUGACCUUCAGAAAUACCUGUGCACCAGAGUUCUGAGCUCGGCCCAGGGGCUGACACAAAGCUGCCCAAGUCUGGAUGGAUUUGGGUAAGAGAGAGAUAAAAGCUCUCCAGUUUUACUGAGGACCAGGAAUGAGAUCAGCAUGAACAUCACUGCAUAUACAAUGCAGUGUAAUACAAUAAAAACCCCCCAUGCCUUGUUCCCCUCCACCACUUCCAUUCCAUCCCAUGCAUCCAGCAGUGCCCAGCCUGUGGCUCUCUUCCCUCAGGCUCUUCCAUCCUUGUCCAUCAAGCAGUGGCCACCAGCCCAUGCCCACCACAGCGACCGUGUCUGCGGGGUUCAAAACCUGCAGAGGAAGGAGAAGGCUGAGGGCACACCCUGCACCAUAUUAAUCCUUCACUAACUUGAAAGAGAGCAGGCAGCAUCUGUUUUAUCACUGCAGAUAUUGCAAUAUGACAGGGUAUGGUUGUUAUUUCAGUGGAACUGAAUCAUUGAUGAGCUGCCUCUGCCUCCCUCACAGAGCAGGUAAGGCUGUGCCUGACUGCAAACCACGCUUGUUGUCAAAUGCACAGCAGCCUCAUUACUCCAGCAUCAUUUAGGCUGUAUCACUUCAGAAGGUGUUUGAGAUUUUAAAAAAAACCAACAAACACAGGUGCACUUAUAUGAAGAUGAAAGUGCUCAAUCAGCAGAGAUGAGCAGGGCAGGGACAGUUUGCCACAGUGGCAUAAUCCAGUGGGCAAUAUUAUCCUAUGGAGCCAACACUGCAAAAAAUAUUUUGGCAACCUGAGAAUUGUGGUUUGGCAAGGGUUUAGCACAGGUUUGGCAUGAGUUUGGCUGACAGAUUUUACCCAAGACAUUGUUGGGGUAAGUGGAGAGGGGAGAAGUGAAGUCUGCAGCUAUUUUUCAGACUUUUUGCAAGCACCCUUAUAAUUUUUCUACCAGGACUCCUAUUCAUUAAAUUAUGAUACAGACUAGAGAGUUCUGCUUCUGCUUAUCUCUCUGCAGAUGCUGACAACAUCACCUGCUACACCCCAGCAGGCCUGCAUGCCCUGAGGAUGCCAGCAGCAGAGGCACAGCUCCACUUCAGCUGCCUG